AUUUCAGAUGAUGGUCCAAAUUUACCAACCCGAAGCAAUGAAGAAUUUCGGCCGUUUAUACGACGUUUGCCAGAAUUUAAAUUUUGGUUAAGCAUUACAAAAAGUACAUUAAUUGCAGUCAUAUGUACAUUCUUUGAAUGCUUUAAUAUACCAGUAUUUUGGCCCAUUCUGGUUAUGUACUUUAUAACCUUAUUCUGUAUAACAAUGAAGAGACAAAUAAAGCAUAUGAUUAAAUAUAAAUAUUUGCCUUUCACCCGCAAUAAGCCACGUUAUCAACGUGUGCCUGAGCCAACAACGGCAGCAACAAAGUGACAAUUAGCCGCACAGACAUUGCCAGCAACUACAAGCGAUAAACUAGAGGAAAGUACCACCAUCAGCAAUGACACAACAAUAAAAUCUUUGGGUUCAGCUACAACAUUAUUAUCCUCCUCCUCCUUAUCCUCAGCAAUAGCAACAAACACUACAACAGCAGCAGCAACAGCAACAGCAUCAUCAGUAACUAAUGUAGCAAAACCACCGCAAAUUAUAAUGAUUGAUGAAUGAUUGAAUGUAAUAAUAAAUUCAUAAAAGAAAGUACACAAAAGAACAAACAAAAAAAAGAACCAAA